UUCAUGGAUUUGUUCCAUCGAUGGUUUGCAAUCUGUGUGAAAUAAAGGACUAAAAACUGUGCGAAUAAAAAAAAAUGAUUUACAGAAAUUUUAAUUUUGUAUUUUUGAAGAAAAAAAAAGUGCUUCAGAAUGAGCAAAGCCAAGGGUGUAUAAAACGACGCCGUCUCAAUUACUAUUGGGCUUCGCAAGGAUCAAAGCCACUAACCCGUCUCUGCUACAAUUAGGUCCAUUAAGGCCCAAUUUAAAUUUUCUUCAUUUUCAUCUGAAUCUCUCGACGGCCACUCUCUCUCUCAAGCUUCGCAAAUCCGUGAAGAAUCCAAAAGUCCACACCAAUGGCGACUUCAAUAUCUCGAUCCUCUCGGAGAGGAGUAGCUUCCACCCUGAUCCGUCGCUGCUUCGCUGCGGAAGCGGCACUCGCGGCGCGUACGGAGCCACCGAAGCCUAAACUAACGGUGUCGCCGUCUCCGGAUCGUGUGAAGUGGGACUACAGGGGACAGAGACAGAUCAUUCCCUUGGGACAGUGGCUCCCCAAGGUAGCCGUUGACGCCUACGUGGCACCCAACGUCGUGUUGGCAGGUCAGGUCACGGUCUGGGACGGCUCCUCCGUCUGGAACGGCGCCGUUUUGCGCGGCGAUCUCAACAAAAUCACGCUCGGGUUCUGCUCGAAUGUUCAGGAACGGUGCGUUGUCCAUGCCGCGUGGUCGUCCCCAACAGGAUUACCAGCAGAGACAUUGAUCGACAGGUACGUGACAGUGGGUGCAUACAGUCUUCUGAGAUCAUGUACCAUCGAACCAGAGUGCAUCAUCGGGCAACAUUCAAUACUAAUGGAAGGUUCGCUGGUUGAGACCCGCUCAAUCCUGGAAGCUGGUUCGGUUGUGCCACCAGGAAGAAGAAUCCCAUCAGGUGAACUAUGGGGAGGCAAUCCAGCAAGGUUUAUUAGAACGCUAACUAACGAAGAAACCUUAGAGAUCCCGAAACUCGCUGUAGCUAUCAACCAUUUAAGCGGAGAUUACUUCUCUGAGUUCUUGCCUUACUCCACUGUCUACUUAGAGGUAGAGAAGUUCAAAAAGUCACUUGGAAUCACUGUUUAGAGUCUCCUAGAAGCUUCUAUUAUUGGUUUCGUGUGCUUGCCUGUUGUAUGAGACCUCUCUGCAUAUUGCAAUAAGUAGCUGAAGAGCAUUAAAACAUUCGAAUGUUUGCCUUUUUUUUUCUUUUUUUUUUUUUGGUUUCUUUGUUAAAUUAAGAUUUAAAACUGAUUUUGGCUGGAUAAAUAUCUUAAUGAUAAUGGCGAUGAGUUCUUGUUU